UAGAGACUUCGACCCCCUCUAAAAGCGGCCAGAACUUCGGCAGAUGGCGCGGGAGCCCGCGCCCCCCGCCGCGCACCAUGCUCCUACCCGGCCACGCGCGCCCGCCUCCCGCGCCCGAGCCCGCGCCGCAUCCCGGCCUCCGCCGGCAGGUAGAGCCUCCGGGGCAGCUCCUGCGUCUCUUCUACUGCACCGUCCUGGUCUGCUCCAAAGAGAUCGCGGCGCUCACUGAUUUCUCAGGUUACCUAACCAAACUCCUACAAAACCACACCGCCUAUGCCUGUGAUGGGGACCAUUUGAAUCUACAGUGCCCUCGACAUUCUACGAUAAGUAUCCAGUCGGCAUUUUAUGGGCAAGAUUACCAAAUGUGUAGUUCUCAGAAGCCCGCCUCCCAGAGGGAAGACAGCUUAACCUGUGUGGCAUCUACCACCUUGCAGAAGGUGCUGGAUGAGUGCCAGAACCAGCGGGCCUGCCACCUCCUGGUCAAUAGCCGUGUCUUUGGACCUGACCUUUGUCCAGGAAGCAGUAAAUACCUCCUGGUCUCCUUUAAAUGCAAACCUAAUGAAUUAAAAAACAAAACAGUGUGUGAAGACCAGGAACUGAAACUGCACUGCCAUGAAUCCAAGUUUCUCAACAUCUACUCUGCCACCUAUGGUAGGAGGACCCAGGACGGGGACACCUGCUCCUCAGAGGCCCAGCCACUCCCCCCGUUCGACUGCUUGUCUUAUUCGGCUCUGCAAGUCCUAUCCAGAAGGUGCUACGGUAAGCAGAGGUGCACAAUCCUGGUCAACAAUGACCACUUUGGAAGCCCCUGUCUGCCAGGAGUGAAGAGAUACCUCACCGUUACCUAUGCAUGCGUUCCCAAGCACAUCCUCCGAGCAAUUGAUCCAGCCAUUGCUAAUCUACAUCCUUCUUUGAAGCAGAAAGAUGGCGAAUAUGAUAUCAACUUUAACCCCAGUGGAUCGAGGGUUCUGCCGAAAGAUGGAGUUAUUGUUAGCAACUCUUUGGCAGCAUUUGCUUACAUUAGAGCUCAUCCGGAGAGAGCCGCCUUGCUGUUCGUGUCCAGCGUCUGCGUGGGCCUGGUCCUCACGCUGUGUGCGCUGGUCAUCAGAGUGUCCUGCGCCAAGGACUGGCGGGAGCUGCGGCAGGGGAGGGAGCCCCUGGUGCUGGGCAGCGACGAGGCGGAGGAGGACAGCGAGGAGGACGAGGAGCAGGAGCACUCCUCUGACUCUGACUUCCCCCGGGAGCUGACGGGCCUUCGUCGAACUUCCUAUCCAGCCUACAGCUCCAUCGAGGCCGCCGAGCUGGCGGAAAGGAUCGAGCGCAGGGAGCAAAUCAUCCAGGAAAUCUGGAUGAACAGCGGCCUGGACACCUCGCUUCCAAGACACAUGGGCCAGUUCUACUGAGACUCAGUGGCAUCUGAGAGGGGAGCGUCCACUCGCGUUCCUUGGGCUUUGAUUUCCUUGUACCUUCUAUGAAGGAGAAUCUGUCAUGUCACCCAGGACUGGUGGAGGCGGAAGGCUGUCCACGGCGCCUCUCCAGAUGUU